AUGGACAUCUUUACUUCUGUGCUUUUGAGUUCCAGUUUGCUUCUUUUUUACUUUGUAUUCUCGGAUGCUGCUGAUAACAUUACUCAAUCCCAAUUCAUCAGUGACAGUAACGGCACAACCUUGAUCUCUAAAGAUGGAAGCUUUGCCCUGGGGUUCUUCAGUCCAGGUAAUUCCACAAACCGUUACUUGGGAAUUUGGUACAACAAACUCCCAGGUACAACGGUUGUUUGGGUAGCAAAUCGGGGCACUCCAAUCACAGACUCGUCUGGCGUGUUGAUGGUAAAAAGUUCAGGUAGUCUUGUUCUUCUCGGCCAGAAUUUGAUUGUUGCUUGGUCGGCAAAUUCAACAAAGGAGGCCAGGAAUCCAAUAUUACAGCUUUUAGAUUCAGGAAAUCUAGUAUUAAGAGAAGAGAAUGAAGGAAACUAUUCGUGGCAAAGCUUUGACUAUCCUUCUGAUACGUGGCUAGCAGGGAUGAAGCUUGGGUGGGACUUAAGGAUUGGUCUUGAAAGGCGCCUAACUGCAUGGAGGAGUCCAGCUGACCCCUCACCAGGAGAACUGAGUUGGGGGUUUGAACUUCAUAAUUACCCUGAAUUAGUCAUGAAGAAAGGCUCGAAGAAUUUAUUCCGGUCCGGUCCAUGGAAUGGCAAUUUUUUCAGUGGUAUGCCAGAGUUACAGGCCACUCCGCUUUACAACUUCACGUUUGUCUCCGACAACAGUGAGGUAUACUUCAUGUUCGAAAUGAUUGAAAAGUCUGCAAUCUCAAGAGCAGUUUUGAAUCAAUCACAAUCACAGUAUCAGCGCUAUAUGUGGGUUGAAGAUAAAAAAGAAUGGAGCAUAUUCUUAUAUUUGCCAAAAGACAAAUGCGACAGUUAUAAUUUAUGUUGUCCUUAUGGAAAUUGUAUCAUGGGUGAGUCACCUGUCUGUCAAUGUGUACAAGGAUUCAAGCAUAAACCACUACAAACAUCAUGGAAUCCAGAAGAGUGGUAUAAGGGAUGUGAACGCAGUAAGCCAUUGAGCUGCCUGGAUAAAGCCGGGUUUGAUAAAAUUUCUGGGCUCAAAAUGCCAGACACCACGUUUUCUUUGUUGAACGAAACUGUGAGUCUUAAUGAAUGCGAAGUCAGAUGUUUGAACAACUGUACCUGUAUUGCUUAUUCAAACUCAGAUACUCGAAAUGGAGGAAGUGGCUGCGCCAUGUGGUUUGCGGAACUAAUUGAUAUUAGACAAAUGGCAGCUAACAAGGAGGAUGCUAAUAGCCAGAAUAUAUAUAUUCGAAUGCCUGCUUCAGAGCAAGGUAUGGGCCUCGGUGACAAACAAGCAAAAGAUGAAGGUGAUUUUAAUAGCUGUGGUUGCCAUUGCCGUAGUUUUUGGAGUGCUCUUGAUUCUCUACUGUAUUUGCAGAAGGAAAAACUUGAGAGUUUUGCAACUAACGAGGAGUUUACGAAGAUCUCAUCCACUGAGAGUGCUAAGGAAGUAUGGACAAUCCUUCAAAACACUUAUGAAGGUACUAAAGUUGUAAAAGAUUCCAAGCUUCAAAACCUGACCACUAGCUUUGAAGAAAUCAAGAUGGACGAUGAUGAGACAUUUGAUAAAUUCUAUGCCAAGCUCAAGGACAUAGUAAAUUUAGCUUUCAACUUAGGUAAAAAGAUUCCAGAAUCUAAGAUUGUAAGGAAAAUCCUCAGAUCACUUCCAGAGUGGUUCUAUGUUAAGAUCACCGCCAUAGAAGAAUCAAAGGACACUAACAUUAUUCCUUUGACAUACUAA